CCAAUGGACAGAAGACAGUAGAAGAACUGACUGAAACCAUAGAAACGAUAAGGAAGUUUACUGCUAGGUGGUAAACUGUGCUCUGAUUAUAGCAAUGUACGAUGCAAAAUUUUCGUCUUUUGUCUGAUUUUACUCAAACUUCAAAUCCAGCACAUUGUUUUAAUAAAGAGUAAUUUAUAUUAGUGACAGAGCUUUGCAUCGCUAAGCCUCUUCAGUCGAAGUUAGCUGAACAGCUAAUGGUUGGCUUCUCGUGUGGAAAUGUUCAAAACAAAAAUACUCUUUGUUGGACCUAAUGAGAGUGGAAAAACCAUUCUUGCAAAUUUUCUCUCUGACACAACAGAAAAUGUGGGUGGAGAGUACAGACCUACUCAAGGAGCCAGGAUACUGGAAUUUGAAUCGCAGCCUGAGGGGAGUGCUGACAAGACGUGUGAGGUUGAACUCUGGGACUGUUCAGGUGAUUUCAAAUUUGAAUCAUGCUGGCCUGCACUCAUGAAGGACUGCAGCGGUGUGGUGAUCAUUUUUAAUCCUGAUGUUCCAAGUCAUCUCAAAGAAAUUGAGACGUGGCAUUCCAUGUUCAUCUCCUCUCAAAGUUUGCAGGACAAACAGUGUCUGCUCAUAGCUCACCACAAACCUGGCAGUGAAGUAGAAAAUGGACGGCUGUCUUUAGCAUCAAAUCUGAGCAGACUGCUGCUUAUUCACUCCAAUCUGGAAGAGGAGCCAGAAGAAGUGCGGCAGGCCUUUUACAGAUACUUGGGAAAUGUUGUAAACGCAAUGUCGGAGAAUCGAGAGCAAGAAGAGAUGUCUAUCAUUACAUAGCUCUGAAAUCUGUAAAAUAUAAAGCUUAAAAAGCUGAAAAUGUACUUUGUCAGCAUUGAUGGUACAUGAAGUUGUGCAUGAUAUAUUCCAAACCCAAAUAUAACACUUUAUAAUACUUUCCCACAGUUGUUUCUCCUGUUCAUUUGUGGUUUAUUGCCCUUUAUUUUCAAGACUUUUAUGAAUAAAAUUCAACCCAGUGUUUA